AUGGUGGAGGGACAUGUUCUCAACAAUCUCAAAGAGGACGAAAUGGGUGAAGGUUUCAACGAUUGGGUCAAAUGUGUGUUCAAAAAUGGUAAUAAUAUUCUUUUUUGGCAUAGUUGUUGGAUGGAUGAUCAACCGCUUAGAGUUACCUACCCGCACUUGUUCGAUUGUAUAACAAACAACCUUUGUGUGGUGAGAGAUCUCCUCACUUUUAAUCAAGGUGGAAUUACGUGGAAUUUGGAAAGCAUACUUGGAGCGGAUGUCAUUAACACUUCGGUUUCGACCGCUCAUUCCGCAAUGGGCAUGGUCAUCGGAGACGAGUUUAGGGACUUGAAUUUGAACCUUCAAGGGGUAGUGUCGGACAUAUUGGCAACGGACGAAUUCCAUUGGAAGCUAAAUACAAACGGAGAUUUCUCGGUGUCUAGUGUUUCGCACUUGGUGUCUAAUGCAAAGGACAUAGCUUGGCCCACAUCCACUAUCAAGUUGUUGGAAGUUAUUUGGAAGACAACCAUUCCGGCAAAGACCAAGAUUUUCGCGUGGAGAUUCCUCACCAAUAGACUCCCGGUUAAAGUGCAACUUGGCAAUAGAGGUGUGUCCUAUCUUACUUCCUUUGAUUGCCCUUUUUGCAAUUGUCACCCGGAAUCCUUGGACCAUAUUUUCUACCAUUGCAAUGUUACAAAAGCGGUAUGGAAUAGAAUUUAUUUGUGGUUGAGUAAUGAUGUUAAGCUUUCUUAUGAGGAGUUUAAGAGCUUUGGGUGCAUUCAAGAAAAGGAGAAGAACACCAACUCUAAAGCUAAACUUAACAUAAUAUGGAUAGCUUUAAUUUGGUGUAUUUGGAAUAUGAGGAAUACAAUGGUUUUUGACAAUGGGAAUUUUAGCUUCGACGAGGUCAUAGCAAAUAUCUUGUAUUUUUCAUGGAGAUGGGUUAGCUUUAAGGAUUUUCCGGGUAGGAUGUCUUAA